UAGUCUCCCCCAGCAUUGGUCCUCCAGGCUUGAAGGAAUCUCCAGCCAGUGAGCCAGUGUCAGACCAUCACAGGAGGCUGAGUUCCUGGGAGCUGACUGGGGUUUGCUUACCCUGUCCAGAGUGUCCUUCCCUUAGACAAAGAUAUCUUCUGGGAGCCGAACACUGACACAGAGGUGGGGUCCAGCAAGACCAAGGGACCGUGAUAAAGGGUGAUCAGCUUCACCUGUUCCUCCUUCUACCUGGGCAGGCUCAGCAAAAAAGAGGUAAAGACUCUGCAUCCAGUUCUCUCUUCAAGAUUUCUCACCCCUUCUGGUGAGCAGAAAUGGGGGACUGGAGUUUCCUGGGAGAGUUCCUUGAGGAAGUCCACAAACACUCAACAGUGGUGGGGAAAGUCUGGCUGACAGUACUCUUCAUCUUCCGGAUGCUGGUCCUGGGUACAGCAGCUGAGUCCUCCUGGGGGGAUGAGCAGUCUGACUUCAUGUGUGACACCCAGCAGCCUGGCUGCGAGAAUGUCUGCUAUGACAAGGCUUUCCCCAUCUCCCACGUCCGGUUUUGGGUCCUCCAGAUCAUCUUUGUCUCCACCCCAUCUCUGGUGUACAUGGGCCACGCGAUGCACACCGUGCGUAUGGAGGAGAAGCGGAAGAUGAAGGAGGCAGAAAGGGAGGCCCAGGAGAUGAAAAACAAUGGUGACAAUUACUAUCAGCAGAAGUGCUCCGUGGCAGAGAAGGCUGAGCUGUCUUGCUGGGAUGAAUCGGGAGGCAAAAUCAUACUCAGGGGCAGUCUGCUGAACACCUACGUCUACAGCAUUUUGAUCCGCACUGCCAUGGAAGUGGCAUUCAUCGUGGGGCAGUACGUCUUGUAUGGGAUCUUCCUGGAGACCUUGUAUAUUUGCCAGCGGGCACCUUGCCCCCACCCUGUCAACUGCUACGUCUCCCGUCCCACAGAGAAGAACGUGUUCAUUGUUUUCAUGCUGGCUGUGGCAGUGCUCUCCCUCUUCCUCAGUCUGGCUGAGUUAUACCACUUGGGCUGGAAGAAAGCCAAAGAGAGGUGCUCCCGGUCUUACAAACCCAGCCCCAGCACAGCCUCCGGCAGGUUGGAGUCUGCCCCACAAGUAGAAAGGGCCCAGAUGUACACUCCUCCACCAGAUUUUAACCACUGCUUGUCAAGUCCCAACGGGAAGUUCAUCAGUCCCUUCAGCAACAAGAUGGCAUCUCAGCAGAACACCGCCAACUUCGCCACCGAGAGGGUCCACGGCCAGGAGGAUGCUGCUGGUGAAGGGUCCUUCAUUAAGUCCAGCUAUGCGGAGAGUCCAGAGGCAUCCAAUGAAUGUGCAGCACCCACCUUCCCUGAGCACUACUUCAGUGAGAAACGCCGGCUCAGCAAGGCCAGUCGUGCCAGCAGCAAGGCCAGGUCGGAUGAUUUAUCUGUGUGACCUGUCUCCGGGGGGCAUGAGGAGAAGGAGCGGUCUCAGCACUUCACAAAACUUCUGCAAAGCGGACUCCAGGCUCUUGCCACUAACCUCUCUCUUAUUUAACACCUUCUUCCUCCUUUUCAGUGAACACUGUCAUGUUGCAGACAGCACCUCUCACAUCUUCACGCGGGGGCAGCCACCAGGAGACAUGCGCUGAAGAUGGUCUUCAUCAUGGGACCCACAGGAACUGAAGGCUUGGUAGAGCACAGGCCAGCAGGUUCCUGACACUGCCCAGCAGGUCUCCACUGCAACACUGUACUCAGCAGACUGACUGGAGCUCAACCCUCCUGCAUCUUCAUUGGUGUCUGCUCAAUAUUUGCUACGUCAGCUAGGCAAUCAUACUGAGCUGAAGCAUCACUCUCCUGCAAGGAGCAGGAACACACUGGUAGGCUUUUUGUAAGACUUUCUCAUCUGCUUUGUUCUCACUCUUUCUGUUCCUCCCUUUCUCUACCCAAGUCCAGAUAUUUUUACUCGUUUACCUAUACCAUAAAACCUACUUGAAUUUUUUGACACUGUGUAUAGAACUCUUCCCCAUAGGCAAGGACAUUUGUGGCCCCUCACACACAGCUGCCUCAUUUCUAAUGUUGGAAUCCCUUCCCCAUUCCUCAGUCAGCAUAGCCCACUGGCCCAAGGGCCCGAGGAUAUAACUUAGUUGACCAGUUGAUGAAGCCUAGGGAUUCUUCCCAAGACAUUUAUGUCAUCAAUUCUAAUACAUCCAUUAACAGAAAUAGAAACUCUCUUGUGAGAAUAAAUAUCCUGAAAGUUAAAAAAAAAGGAGGUAUUACCAUGUGGAAUCGAAGUAUUUCUCCACUUUUUAUCCUCAUAUUUCAAACGACAUGAAUGCUGCUGAAAGGGUGCUGCCAGCUGCCAAAAAAAGAUCCUCUGUAUAUCCACAGAAGAGGUAUGGCUUGUCUCUUCUCUCACUAACCAACCAUUCAGCAUUUUUUUCAAGGAACAAGUCCUCUCCAGGUCCUGCAGAGCAGUCAGCUCUUGGGUGCUCAAGCCUGCCAGACAGUGCAAGCCAAAAUAUUUGUCCCCACAGCAUGUCCCUCUUCUGCCAUCAAGUCAUCUUCAUCUCCACUCCAUCGCUAGCACAUAUGGCAUAAGAAACCACCCACAGACCAGCUCUUUCCACUACUGUAGCCUCUCAGAGGAGCCACUGGGAACCAGCACUGCACAGUGAGUCUGAUGGGUGAGGUCUACAGGCAGCUUCCAUUCCAGAUACUUCUCACUGCAGUGUCAUCCACGCUCUAAUGGGAAUUGUAAAACAGAGCUAAGCUGCUCCCUGUUGUUUACCCUGCAGUGCCCUUUCAGGCAUGGGCCACAGCUUUCCAACACUGGACUACAUGAGUGAAUGGCCUGGGACCAGCUUAUGAGGGGACUGAGUCAUUCCCUCUCUUAGGGGCCACAGAAAGGGAUAAUGAAUCCUUGCUCCUGACACAUAGGUAGUAUUGGUACAGUUCCCUGUACACAGACAUACAUACUCACACACAGGCUGGCAACCAUUUUUUUGUUUGUAAGGUGUUUUAUAUAUGUGUAUUUUUUAAACCUGAAAAGACUUGUGUACUCUCCUUAACAUGAGAUUGUAGUCAAUCAU